AUGACGGAUGACUAUCCUGAUAUUGAGAGUUCUGAAAACCGGAUUAUGAAAACUGAUGACGAGAGAAAUGUUAAAGGCAGUACUGUAGUGUCGGAAAGGAUGGUGUCUGUUAUUGAAGCCCCAGACUAUUUGGCUAGCUUCAAUAUCGAUACGGGUGGCGAAGCAGAAGGGUCCAGUAUGCCCCAUUACAUAGUCAAUUUAAAUAUGUAUAACACAACCACUGAUAUGGACGCUCUAACUACACUACCAAUUCAUGGUCAAGAUCCUGGUAUCGGUGAAUCAUCUGUCUCACUUCCGACUUCUGACAUGAAUUCACCCGUCAUUAUGAACGACAACGUUGGUUUGAUGUGUGGUGUUAAUUCUACAGGGCGAGGACAGCAGUUUUUCACACCAACUAUGCGUUCAAAAGCACGUGGUCGCGGACGAUUUUCUUCUGUUCCAUUGGAUGAUGUAAUGGAAAAGAAAAUAAGGACAUAUGAAGGAAAGGAUUGUGUACAAGAGCUAGGAAAGUUGUUAAAAUUGUUCCCUCGCUUUAAGAGGGCUUACAUUAAUCGAGUUUUCACACGGAAUAUGCUUAGUUAUGAAAAGAGUUAUGAACAGUUAAAAGAAGAAGAUGAUCGAGAGCGUGAAAGAUGCUCAAAAGUUCGUCUUAUUCAAGCACCGAAGGCUGAGUCUAAACGAUCAACAGAUUCGAAAACUCACAACCGUCCGGAAUUACCUCUUCAGUCACAAGCUUUCUUAUGUAUGGGACUGCCUUUAGGUCGUUGCCCUCCCCAUGUUGCUAACUCACUGUAUCGUCGAGUUAUUGUUACUCCUGAGGGGACCGUUGAAUCUGCUGAUGAACAUGAACAGAAGUUUUUAGACUCUACGGGUUUAUCAAGUUCUGCUCUGGAAACACCAUCCUCACACUGUGAACCACCGCGUCCCAAACCAUCAUUGUUCACUGGGCUGAAAAUAUCAUCUGUAUCGACUGUCUUGCCUCCGAUUCACCAACUAGCUGAAUUCAAACAGUCUCCACCUAGACCAUCAGAAGAACAGAUGUUAACAUCGGAUAACAACGCUGAAACAUUGAAUUCCGAAGAGACAACUAUUCAACAAUCAGGCAACAAAUUCUUUCGUACAGAUCAUGUUAGUGAAGCACAAAAAAAGAAACGUGGAUACAUUAAUCGCGAGAUGCGAACUGCCACAGUUAGUACACCCGUUAGUCGAACUAGCAUUACAGCAUCAGCGGUCAGAUCUGACUUGGAUAGUGAUGAUUCUAGUAGGAAACCAGGAGAUGCUGUUAAAUAUUUAGCAAAAGUUGGUGUUGUAAGUAAUUCAGUUAAUCGUAAACGUCCUACACGUCGUGGAAAAUCAACUCGUCAAAAAUCAACAACAGAAAUCCAGGGCGUCAAUAACGAAACAAGCACUUCACCUGCUGUCGAGGUUAUUACGGAAGACGAUGGUCUUGAUCUAACUAAUGAAGAACGCCGUCACCUUCUAUCCUUUUUUAACGAUGCCGUAUUGGAAGAACUCACGUUGAUGCCAGGGUGUUCUCGGAAAACCGCACAGGCUAUUAUCAAUAUGCGCCCGUUUAAAAAUACGAAAGACUUGGUUUCUCAACUGUCGGGAGUUCGCCAUCUUUCCUCCAAUUUAUAUGAAUGUUGUAAAGAUAUUUUAGAAGUUCGUUCUUCAGUUAUCCGUUUACUAAAUAAGUGUGAGCGUUUAACUGAACAAGUUGCUAGUCAUGCGACACGUUUACUUGAAAACACCAUAGAUUUGCCUGAAAAUGCUAUCACUGAUCAAAAUCAAUCUGAUGGAGUUGAUCAUGAACAUGAUGACUUCACUAUAAACAAAGCAAAUGGUAAUCCUGUCCAACUAGUGACUCAGCAGCCCGCUAUUUUAAACCCUUUGCGUGAAUUAAAACCGUACCAACUUGUUGGUUUGAACUGGCUUCGUCUACUGCACCACGAACAAGUCAAUGGGAUACUAGCAGAUGAAAUGGGCCUCGGAAAAACAGUUCAAGCUAUUGCUUUCCUAGCUAGCCUUUGGGAAAGUGGAAAUCGCGGACCACAUCUUAUCAUUUGUCCAAGUUCAACCCAGGAUAAUUGGCAGCGUGAAUUAAGUCUUUGGUGUCCUCACUUAAAAGUACUUGUUUAUCAAGGAUCUGCAGAACAGCGAAAAGCAAUCCGAUUGAAAAUUUAUGAAUCUGAGUCUCAACCGGAUUUUAAUAUACUAUUGACUAGCUAUGCUGUCGGUACAAGUGCCAUUGAAGACAGAGCUCUAAUGAAACGCAUCAACUUUCAUUAUGGGAUCUUCGAUGAAGCACACAUGCUAAAAAAUAUGACUUCUCAACGUUAUCGAAAUUUGAUGAAUUUUAGAGUUCAACGACGUUUACUUCUUACAGGUACACCUCUUCAAAACAACUUGUUGGAGCUUGUAUCUCUGUUAUCAUUUGUUAUGCCAGAAAUGUUCCUAAAGAGCACAGAUUUGCUGAAAAGGAUUUUUCAGAUUUACUCAAAACCCAUGAAUUCCCGUGAGGAAGAUCAGUCAGCCAAUAACAGUCCUAUUCGAAGCAGUUUUGAAGAAGAGCGCUUAGUUCAAGCUAAAAGUUUACUUCAACCAUUUUGUUUACGACGAUUAAAAUCACAAGUCCUUGGACAGCUUCCUCCAAAAACCAGUGAAGUAGUUUUAGUAGCAAUGACCAAGACCCAAGCUACUCACUACCACGAUCUUGUUAAACGACUGCGUUCUCAGCGGUCGUUAAAUGACACAAACAGCAAUGGUCAAGAUCCCUCUCUUCUCUUGAACAAUGAAUGUGAAGAUGGUGAUGAAAAUGCUGAUCCAGAUGCUAGUGAUCCAAAAGGUGAAUGUGCACCAAGAAAAAAAGCCCGUUUAGAUAAUUAUACUACAGUGAAUGGAACGAAAUCAUUUCCUGUCACUUCUAAAUCCAUUUCUGAGUCUCUCCAGUCACCGUGCAACAUGGUUACGGCGUUGCGCAAGGCAGCAAAUCACCAGGCCCUUUUUUCUGGUCUUGCAUACACAGAUUCAAAUCUUCGGGAUAUUGCAGAAUCUUUGCACUUAGAUCCAAGUCACUCUAAUGCUGAUCCAAAUCUUAUUUAUGAAGACCUACUUGCAAUGAGUGAUCAUCAGAUACAUAAACUUUGCCAGUUUUACGAGGUUUUGUCACCGUAUACUCUCUCCCCUGAAUCUAUCAUUUCUGGAUCCGGAAAAAUCCAAUGGUUAAAUGACAAUUUGCCUAAAUUAGUCUCUGAAGGACAUCGUAUUUUGAUUUUUAGUCAGUUUGUCAUCAUGUUAGAUAUAUUAGAGGAAUUUUUAAGGAUAACUAACAGGCGUUAUAUACGAAUGGAUGGAUCAACUCCUGUCUCGGAACGACAAACAUUAAUAGAUCGUUUCAACAGCUCAUCGAUUGAAGUUUUUCUACUAUCUACACGUGCUGGUGGCCUAGGUAUUAAUUUAACUGGUGCGGAUACUGUAAUUAUACAUGAUAUCGAUUUUAAUCCAUAUAAUGAUCGACAAGCAGAGGAUCGCUGUCAUCGACUUGGUCAGAAAAAUCCUGUUCACGUCAUACGAUUAAUCUCUGAAGGUACUUUAGAAGAAGGUAUGCUGCGCAUUGCAUCUGAGAAAUUACAAAUGGAACAGAAUGUAACAGGUUGUGUAUCUGAACACAACACAGAACAGACCGAGGAAUCUGAAGACACUACUCGUGUUAGUUCCCGGAGCAGAAGGUCAAAGUCAACUAAUAUUUUACCAUGUUCCAGUCUAGAUGGUAUGACAGAAAAUGGAAAUGUUUUCAAAGUCCUUGGCAAUUGGAACUCAGCUGCCUCGGAUCUCAGUUUAUCCAUUGUGAAUCCUAUAUCAUCGAAUCGAAUUAGUGAACGAGAUGUUCGUUCCCUUCUUUCAGAUGCUUUAAAAUUGUAG